CUUCCCGUCAACAACCACCUAAUAGACCCAAAAAUGGAAAGUCCACAUGAGCAUCAGCAGGCCCUCCUGCUCUCCCGAAUAAUCACCAAUAUUGAAAAACUAAAUGAAGCUGUUAUGGUCAUGAACAAGAGCCUGCAAGAGGUAAACAUUCAGAAUAUGAACGUCGAGUUGGUGGCCCAGAUGUUCAAGAACUACCAGUCGAAUGUUCUCUUCCACCUCGAAGCCACGGAAAAUUUGAAGGAGCCCUCUUGAAGAUUUCGUUGGACAUGUGAUGAUUGUUAACGGCUUUUCCUAUUGAACGUUGAACACGAAACUUAGAUACCACUUCAUGAAAUCCAGUAUCAUUUUUAUCUUCUUUAUAACCUUUUUCUAUUGUACUAUUUUAUCA